UAUGGGGGCUUCCUGCACGACAUUAUAAAGAGGUGCCUUCCUUCGGCCUCCCCCUAACAGUGCUGCUCAGAGCCAGUGGAGACGGAGGGUGAGUCCCUGCUCCACGUCUUUGACUGUAGACUCAACACCGAGCCGGGGGUUUGACGUCAGCGCGGUGCACGUUAGCUCUCGUCCCUGCUGGUCGGGGUACGAGUAGGGAGCUGGUCUCACCUAACAGAUGUGUCUGGGACACUCCAGUCUAUUUAUUUUAUCAAUUACAAAUAGACACAGAUGAGCAUAAUGGAAGGAUUCCGGGUCGACAGAGGGCAGGAGAUGAGGUCUUCUGCCCCGGCGGAGGGAUACGUGAAGGAGUUCACGCGCCACUCCAGCGACGUGCUGCUGAACCUGAACGAACUCCGGCACCGCAACGUCCUGACUGACACCACCCUGGUCGUCGGCAACGUACAUCUACGGGCGCACUGUGCUGUGCUCGUGGCCUGCAGUGGGUUCUUCUACUCGCUGUACUCCCGCCGUGUGCUGCUUCAGGGCAGCGGGGAGCAGCUCAUGACCGUGUCCCUCCCCAACGCCUUGGACCCAUCCAUCGUGUCCCUGCUGCUGGACUUCAUGUACACCUCGCGCCUCCCGCUGACACCGAGCACCGUCCCCGGGGUGCUCACCGUGGCGGCCUACCUGCAGAUGGACCACGUGGCCGACACCUGCCGGGAUUUCAUGCAGCUGCACUGCAGGGAGAAAAUGAGUGCAAGACAUCCUCAACUGGAGCUGGACUCCAGGGUGUCUGUAGCCUCUGUAGCCCCCAGAGGAGGGGACCUGCCCAAUGCAGGACCCCAGAGAUUACUCCCAACAGCAGUGGCAACAAGGGUCCCUGCGGAUGUCGGGGGCUCUCUCAUGCCAGGGGCUUUCCCGACUGGCCAGCCCGGGUCAAAGGAGCUGAAAGAGCCCGAGCUGCCCCUCAUUGGCACCCCGACUCCGUCUCCAGACAGCCCCGCCCGCUCCAGCUGCCAACCAAACUCUCCAGCAGAGUCCAACACCUGCAACAAAAACCUUGUGAGCGAUAUCAAAGUCACGCCGGACCCAAAGGCAUGCAAUUGGAAGAAAUACAAGUACAUCGUCCUCAACCCUCUCUGUGCAGCCACCACGGUGAAGGAAGAGGAGAUGGAGGAGGCACAGAGUCACGAGUCACCCGUCGCCGACAGGAUGGGCUCGACACCUAAAGCAACAGAGGCGUGGUCUGGAGAAGUGCCCGGUCAGAUUGAUAGACAGGGGCAGGCCUCCUGCUACGAGGGUUCUGGCCGAGCCCCUCCCCUCGGGCCACCCCCCUCUGUGGAUCCCCCAACAGUGCCUCACACUCACAAGCAGGGAACAGUCUCACCCUGCACCAUUUACCCAAACCUGCACCCCGCUGAUCCAGGAGCCGCCCAACAUGCAAUCAAGCGUGAGAACUGCUAUGUGCCCUACUGUUACUCUGGCAACCUUCAAGGAACCAAGACUGUCUGCUCAGGUGACAAGCCGUACCGCUGCAAUGUGUGCGGCGCCCAGUUCAACCGACCGGCCAACCUGAAGACUCACUCUCGCAUCCACUCCGGAGAGAAGCCGUACCGCUGUGACACCUGUGGCGCGCGAUUCGUUCAGGUUGCUCAUCUGCGGGCCCACGUUCUGAUCCACACGGGGGAGAAACCUUACCCCUGUCACACCUGUGGCACCCGCUUCCGCCACCUGCAGACCCUGAAGAGCCAUCUGCGCAUCCACACUGGAGAGAAGCCUUACACUUGUGAGAAGUGUGACCUGCACUUCCGCCACAAGAGUCAGCUGCGUCUUCACCUGCGGCAAAAACACGGGGCCGUCACCAACACCAAGAUCCGCUACAAGGUCCUGACGGAGCCCUACCAGACUAUUCUGCAGGCCUGCUGAAGGCCGUCUGACCUUUCACUCCUUCAUCAGAAUAACAUCUGAAUCAUAACUGCAAGAAAAUGUGGAAUUUGGUGAAUUAUUUUAAAUUGUGAGCACAUGUUUUAGAAUGGAUUCCAUUUGGAGAAAGAGACAUUUACAUGUUGUUGGAUGAGCUAAUCGUGACUCAAUAAGGUUCUUUAGAAAUCCUGGGUGGCCUUUCUGAGAUGGAGAUGGUGUUAAAAAAAAAGUGUUUUUGAAGGUUUGUGAAGGGAUGGAAAGAAGGGAACAAGACAUGGAAAGAGAGGACAAAUGUGUUGGGAUGAGUGGACACUGAAUUUUGAAGAAGUACGAGUAUGUGAAUGGUUUAAAGGAAAGAUAAAGCAGGUUUUACGAAGGAAAGGUGGUGAAUGUGGGAGCUUUAUUAAAGUAAAUUAAAUUGAAAAAUUUGUUUUAAGGCUGGAAAUAUUCUUCUUAAAUAUGUAUUUAACUUUUUUCUUAACCUUGAGGCCUGGGGCCUGCAUGUUCUUUAAAAAAAGUACGCAGUAACAUCUGCUUUUAUAGUCCGAGCAGGCAAAGGACUAGUCAGUAUAGAAGUUAAACGAUAUAUUGUUUUCUGCCAUGAAAAUUUUGAAUUGAGAUGACUGUAAACAAUUGAAUAAGUAAUAAUAAUAUGACAGUUUGUAUGUGUAUGGGUUCAUUUGCUGGACAAAGAUGGUUUUGUACAAUCUAAAUUAAAUCAUUUUAUAUGA